AUGGCUUCCGCCAAGGAGACCUAUCGCGCCGAGCUCCGCGCCGCCGCCCGCCAGCUUGGAGAGCGCUGCCUCUACUCCGCCGCUAAAUGGGCCGCCGAGCUACUCGUUGGUGUAGAGCCGGAUGCGUCCCCGGUCCCGUCGGCCGCGAUGGACACCCCUUCCUCCUCGUCCGCGACCUCCGCGGGGCGGCUAUUGCACCUGCACCGUAGUGGGGGUUCCAGCUUCCGCCACCGCCCCCGCCCCGGCGGCGGCACUAGCUCGGAGGCCGGGACCCCGCUCGGUGGCGUGUCGUACGUCAGCACGCCCAUCCCCGACGACGACGCGUUCGAUUCGGGCGGCGACAAAUACCUGCUGGCCAAGACCUAUUUCGACUGUCGGGAGUACCGCCGCGCUGCGCAUGUGCUGCAGAAGCAGGUCGGGCGUAAGACUGUGUUCCUGCGAUGCUAUGCGCUCUACAUGGCUGGAGAGAAGCGGAAAGAGGCAGAGAUGAUAGAGCUUGAAGGAUCGUUGGGCAAGAGUAAUGCUGUUAAUCAGGAAUUAGUUGCUUUGGAGAAAGAGCUCUCAACACACCGAAGAACUGGCUCUAUUGAUUCGUUUGGACUCUACUUGUAUGGCAUUGUUCUACGUGAUAAAGGAUGUGAAGGUCUAGCUAGAACGAUCUUGGUAGAAUCUGUCAAUAGCUAUCCUUGGAACUGGAGUGCUUGGUCAGAGUUACAAUCUUUAUGUACCAGCAGUGACAUUUUAAACAACUUAAAUCUGAAGAAUCACUGGAUGAAGGACUUCUUUCUUGCCAGUGCAUAUCUGGAACUAAAGAUGCAUGAAGAAGCUCUUAAAAGAUAUGAGCGCUUGAUGGGGGUCUUCCGCUGCAGUGGUUACAUUCAGGCUCAAAUUGCAACAGUUCGGUACAGUAUGAGGGACCUUGAUGAAGCUGAGAUGAUUUUUGAAGAUCUGCUCAGGACUGAUCCUUUUCGUGUGGAUUCUAUGGAUAUUUACUCAAAUUUACUAUAUGCAAAAGAAAGCUUGACUGCUUUGAGUUUCCUUGCGCACAGAGUAUUUUUGACAGACAAAUACCUCCCAGAAUCUUGCUGCAUAAUUGCAAAUUACUACAGUCUGAAGGGUCAGCAUGAGAAAUCAGUUUUGUACUUUCAAAGGGCACUAAAGCUUAAUCGAAAGUACCUCUCAGCUUGGACCCUGAUGGGGCAUGAGUAUGUUGAACUGAAAAAUACUCCUGCUGCAAUUGAUGCCUACAGAAGAGCUGUUGAUAUUAAUCCUAGAGAUUUCCGUGCUUGGUAUGGUCUUGGUCAAAUCUAUGAGAUGAUGGGGAUGCCGUUUUAUGCACUUCAUUACUUCCGGAAAUCGUCAUACUUGCAACCCAAUGAUGCUCGUCUCUGGAUUGCAAUGGCUCAGUGUUACGAAAGUGAUCCACUUCAAAUGAUCGAAGAAGCCAUCAAGUGCUAUGAGAGAGCUGCAAAUAGCAAUGACACUGAAGGAAUAGCACUUCACCAACUAGCAAAAUUGCAUGGCAUGCUGGGGCAAUCUGAGGAAGCUGCGUUCUACUACAAGAAGGAUUUAGAGAGAAUGGAGGUUGAGGAAAGGCAAGGCCAGAAUUUUGUUGAAGCUCUGCUGUUCCUUGCUAAGCAUUACAAGAGCAUAGGCAGGUUCGAGGAAGCCGAGCACUAUUGCACAAGGCUCUUGGAUUACACUGGCCCAGAGAAGGAGACUGCUAAAAAUAUGUUGCAAGGGAUAAAAAGGUUACAGUCAGGAUUUCCAUCAAUGGAUACUGAUCAUUUUGCACUGUAA